UCACCAGGCAUCAGGUCAUUUGGCUCGACAGCGGGCACCGCGUCAUCUGGCAAGGCAGUGGGCUCCGAGUCAACAGGCACGACAGUGGGCACCGGGUCAUCAGGUACCGGAUUGUCUGGCUCGACAGCGGGCAUCGGGUCAGCAGGUAUGACAGCGGGCACUGGGUCACCAGGCAUCAGGUCAUUUGGCUCGCCAGCGGGCACCGCGUCAUCUGGCAAGGCAGUGGGCACCGAGUCACCAGGUACGACAGCGGGCUCUGAGUCAAUUGGCACGACAGCGGGCACCGGAUCAGGUACCGGAUCAUCUGGAUCAACAGCGGGCAUCGAGUCAACUGGCCUAAUAGGAUCGUCAGGCUGGAUCAGUUCAUCACGCUGGGUAGAGGCAUCAGGCUGAAUGCCGGCGUCCGGCUGAGUAGAGGCUUCAGGCCGAAUAGAGGCUUCAGGCCGAGUAGAGGCUUCAGGCCGAGUAGAGGCAUCAGGCCGAGUAGAGGCAUCAGGCCGAGUAGAGGCAUCAGGCCGAGUAGAGGCAUCAGGCCGAGUAGAGGCAUC